AAUUUUUUCACUCCUCCAAGAGAAGUUCUCAAACCCAAGAUCCAAAUUAAACCGAACCGGAUUAAAUCAAAAUCAAAAGAACCCUGUUCAUGUUACUUUUUUAAUAUCCCUUUUCUCACUUUCAUCCUAAUCACCGACCUUAAACAAGACAAAAAGAAAUCCGCAAAUUCUUCUGUUUUCUGGUAAGCAUUGGUUUUACUCUCUAAUCCUUUAAACCUGUUUAGAAUCAUGUAAGGUUGUAGUAUCUGUUAACUUAUAAGAUGCAUGUAUUGAUCUCAGAAAACGAAAAAACAAUGUGGAUACAGAGAUUCUUCCCUAUUUUAGAAAGAUUUUUUCUUUCUUUCUGAAAUGUACUUUAACGAAGAUUUUAAAUGUCUUUUAUUUUCUUCUUUUUUUAAUUUGCGAUUUGAUUUGUUAAAAAGAUAAAUUUCCAUUUAUCUAAUGGGAAGUUCAAUGGGUUUCCUUUUCUUGCGCUCCAAGUUUUUCUUAUAUAUUCACAACUCUUGUAACGUAAUAAUAUUCUCUCUCUUUUGUUAUUUUGUAGGUGAUCAUCGAUCACACAUCUCCUCCAGAAGAAGAAGAUCAGAAGAGACCAAAUAAAACCUCGAUUAAAUGGAUCGUUGGAGAAGAAGUUUUCUUCUGUUUCUAUUGGUUUUACUUAUAGAUUCUCCAUUAACAUGCCACAGUUGGGGAUGGUUCUCUUCUUCUUCAUCGGAAAACACUGACUCUUCUUCUUCUUCUUAUUCCCGGUCGUCUCAUCGUAGAUCCAACCCCGAGUUCUCCAUUGAAGUUUUCAGUGACCAGAAGGCGGUUCGUGUCCUUGAAGACGCUAAAAACAAGCUUGUUGGUCCAAACAGUUGCUGGCAAAAUGCUUAUAGAUACCUCUUCUCUGGCUGCAAAGAGACAAUUGCCACAGAAGAAAAGAGAAAGAGGUUUGCUUGGCAUUUAAGCGAUUGCUUUCUUAAAGACUCUGGAAGACCUGCUUUUCCAACUUGUAGUGAUGAUUCAACAAUGAUGAGUUGCCUUAAGAAGCUUGGUGAUCAUGAGCAUAAGAUCUAUCUCGAGUUCAUGCUUGAGACCAACACCAUCUGCCAACAAUUACAGAGUUACGCUUUCAAGAACGAGAUAGAGAGACUUGUGAAUGAGCUGAAGAGUUCAGCUCAGAAUACAGAAGAUAAAUUGGAUAUCUUGGAGAAUAAAUCUGAUUCUUUAAUGAAGAGCUCGAGCUUGAUUCAUGAUUCUCUAGGGUCAAUAGAUGCUCGGGUUCAAAACGUGGCUCAUGUGACAAACACCAUAGAAACUCAUAUGAGUGGGCUGUCUCAACAAACUGCAGAAAUAUAUCAAGAACAAAAGAGUAUUGCAGAAUCACAGAUGGAGUUAAUGGACGGUCAAGUGAAGAUGAAAGAAACGUUGAAAGAUGGAAUGGAGAUGUUCAGUGAUGCGUAUACAAACAUUCAGGAAGGAGUUGAUAAGUUGAAAAGCGAUACAAAGCAGAUUGAAGGGGAAAUAAGUGUACUUGGAGAAAACCUAUCAACUAGAAUGAAUGAUUUGCAGAGUAAAACUGAUGACAUUGGAGUUAAGACUGAUAGCUCGUUGGAUAAACAACAGAAGCUUUUAGAUGGCCAAUCUGUGGCUCUUGAUGGUAUUCAGUUUCUUACACGGUUUCAGUCUGAGGCACUGCAAGAGAGUAGGAAUACAUUGCAACGGUUGAAGGAAUUUAGUCAGGAGCAACAGGAAGAUCUUGCAAAGCGGCAAGAAAAGCUUCAGGAGGUUCAUGAUCAUCUGUAUGAAAAUUCAAAAUCAAUGUUGGAAGCUCAGGUAGCCUUUGAGGCAAAACAGGCGAACAUGUUUGUGGCUUUGGAUAAGUUGUUUGCUUUGCACAAUGCGACGCUUCUCGAGUCCCGAGUGAUUAAAGCCUUCAUUAUCUACUUCUUGUCAAUCUUUGUCAUCUACAUGUUUACAAGUACAAAACAAACUUAUAUCACAAGGCCAAGGCUUUACAUUGGUUUGUGCGUUACCUUAGCAUUAGAAGUGGCAAGCUUACGCUACGUGAAUGAUGCAGAACGUCAAGCAUGGAUUAUAAACAUUUUGAGGUCUUUAUUCGCUGUUCUUGCGUCAGCUCAGCUUCUUCAUUCUGUUUUCACAUACAGGGACUAUGACGUACUAAACCACCAGAUCCUGUUAGGAUUAGUUGACAAAGUUAAUAACAUUCUAAGCAAGAGAGAGAACUCGUGGGAUGAAGAAGACACAGAGAGCGAAGUAGACUGGACAUCUUGGAUCGAUACAGAUGUAACUGAUGAUGACAAAAACCUUGGAGAUCCUGAUUUCAAAACCCCACAAGUGAUCAAGAACAAACCGGAUAUUACUUCUUCUUCGACGAUGACUAGAAGAGUGUAUAACCUCCGUCCGCGGUAGACACUAGACAGCAGCAAA